AUGGCCACCAAGGAUAGUAUGCGUGGGGUAGUGUUUCACGGGCCCUUCAAAGUGGCCGUUGAGGAACGACCAGUGCCCAAAAUUCAGGAUCCGGCCGAUAUCGUCGUGAAGGUCACUUAUACUGCCCUUUGUGGGAGCGACCUUCAUACGUACCGUGGCAUUGAGCCUUCUGGCUCGGGGUUUAUCAUGGGCCAUGAAUUCACUGGUGUUGUUGUAGAGACUGGUGAAGCUGUCAAGAAGUUUCAGAAGGGGGAUAAGGUUUCUAAAAACAGCGGGAAAUGCUUCUACUGCAAGCAAGGGUUUUCCUCCCGAUGCGAGGAGAAUGUCCUGUUCGGUUGCGAGGCCUUGGAUGGAGGACAGGCGGAGUAUGUCCGGAUUCCGAAUGCAGAAGGCAGUGCAAUUAAAGCACCUGAGGGGAUAGACGAAAAGUUCCUUGUUCUCAUGGGCGACAUCUUCCCAACUGGCUACUUUGCGGCUAGCAAUGCGUUCAAGGGACGGACGCAAGAGCAGAUCUCCGAGCAGACUGUCGUGCUCAUUGGCUGCGGCCCCGUCGGAAUGUGUGCUUUGAUCAACGCACUGGAGUUCAAACCGAAGCAUUUACUGGCUGUUGACUCUGUCCCGUCCAGACUUGAACUGGCCAGGUCGCUCGGUGCCGAGCCUUGGAACUUCAAGACAGACGGAGAAGGGCUGAGCAAGCGCGUCAAAGAAUUGACUAAUGGGCGAGGAGCGGAUGCUGUCAUUGAGGUGGUUGGUCUUAGCCCAGCGCUGAGGACUGGAUUUGAUCUGUUGCGACCAUGGGGUAUUCUCAGCAGUGUGGGAGUUCACAACGGAGAGAUUCCGUGGAAUGGGAGCGAGGCAUACGGAAAGAACCUCACUGUCCAGAUGGGCAGAUGCCCCGUCAGGUCUGUUUCUGAGGCUGCGUUGGAGGUUUUAAAGAAGAACCAGCAUCUGCUAGGAUUCAUGACCGACAAUAUCAUGCCCCUCUCGCGAGCGGUGGAGGCCUACGAGCUCUUCAAUGCGAUGAAAGUCCAAAAGGUCAUCUUCGAAGCUGAUAAAUGA